AUGUCUUCAAGUCUGUCAUUACUAGCAUAUCUUCGCCCGCGCAUACCGCAAGUCCGACCGAGUGCAAUCCGCAAUUUCACCAUCUCCCAGCGUUUCUCAGAUGCUUCCUCGGUAGCCGAGGCUUUCUUGUCGCGCUUCCAAUCCUUGGGGCCACAAAUCCGUACGCAAACGAUAGACGCAAACCAGCUCCAGCUUCUCACCCUCACCCUCAAUCGCCCAACUCUCUUCCCUGGUGCCCCUUCCCUAUCCAAUGGCGCUCCCGCCCCGCAAUCCGCUGUACCCGUGCCACCGGGCUAUCACCUCGCGUAUUUCACACCCGCAUUCGUGGAAAGCGAACUAGGAAUAGACGGAACUGAUGCGUCAUACAAUCCCGACGCGCCCUUCACACGACGCAUGUGGGCAGGCGGCGAGGUACUGUGGCCCCGUCUGGAUGGGAAACCCAAUCCGUUACGGGUAGGACAGGAUGUGCUAGAGACAACGCGGGUACUUAGUGCCGAGGCCAAAGUUGUGAAAAAGACAGGCGAGGACAUGAUUGUUGUUGGAGUCGAGAAAGAAUUUGCCAACGAGCACGGCGUUUCAAUUAUUGACCGACGCAAUUGGGUAUUCCGUAAAGCUCUACCUGUUCCAUCUACACCAUCCAGCACCCCUCCCUCGUCUUCGACAUCCCAUUUUGCGACUCCGAAUGCUACGUCCAUAAUUUCCACGGAGGGCAAUACUCAUACACGAACCCUGAUGCAAACGCCUGUGUCACUCUUUCGCUUCUCAGCGCUGACCUUCAACCCUCAUAAGAUUCACUACUCACUGCCCUGGGCGCGGGAUGUAGAAGGACACAAGGACGUUGUAGUACAUGGUCCGCUGAAUUUGAUCUCUAUUCUGGAUCUUUGGCGUGAUACUCGCCAGAAUUCCACGGAUUCUACCCUGGUUAUUCCUGAGCGCAUCACUUAUCGGGCGACGAGUCCAUUAUAUGCUGGGGAUGAGUAUCGGAUUGUCCUUGAGGAGGGCGAGAGCACAAAGGUGCAGAUUAUUGGACCCGGAGAAGUAGUUGCCAUGAAGGCUGAGAUCCAAUAA